CUAUUCAAAGUAUGUUGUCUCUCUCAACGUUGAAGACAUCUUUUCAGCCAAACGCGCAGUCUAUAUAUUAUACGUUUAUGCUCCAGCUAUAAAAUUCCAGUAGUGCUAGUAAAUGUUGGAACAUAUUUGACAUUCAUAGACUCCUUUUGUCUUGCGACCUUAUAAAGUUGUUACACACAGGAUUAAGCAACUAAGAAGGAACUGAGAAUAUGCCAUAUAAUGAAGAAUACAUUAAAAACAAAAUAACCGAGGGAUUAAAAGCUUCACAUGUAGAACCUAACCUAAGUCGAAAUUCUUGCCGAUUAAUUUUGAUCUAAAAGUAGUCUUUGGAGUCUGACACAGUUGGAACAUUCUAAUAAGGAAGAAUGCAGGGCAAACUGCAACUUGCCUUAAUCUUCUCAUUUGCUGUUUUUUUGAGAUGCUGCAUUAUGUAUCAUGGCUAUAGUGGAGAGGGUAAACCUCCUAUGUAUGGAGAUUAUGAAGCACAACGACAUUGGCAAGAAAUAACCUUGAACCUGCCCUCUGACCAGUGGUAUAUUAAUACCACAGAAAAUAAUCUACAAUAUUGGGGAUUAGAUUAUCCACCUUUAACAGCAUAUCACAGCUUUUUGUUAGGUUAUAUUGCCAAUAAAAUAAACCCUUCCUUUGUAAAAUUAAAAGAAUCUAAAGGACUUGAAACCAUUGAGCAUAAAUACUUUAUGAGGCUGACUGUCCUAAGUGCAGAUAUUAUUAUUUAUAUACCAGCAAUUGCAUAUUUUUUUAUAAAUUUACAUAUAUACAAUAAUUAUCCAUUUAAUCAGUCCAAUAUAUUCAAGUUUCGAAAGAGUGAUGCUGUUCUUUUGACAGCACUGAUUUAUCCUGGAUUGAUAUUAAUAGAUCAUGGACAUUUUCAAUACAAUUGUAUAUCUUUGGGUUUUUUCAUUAUUGCUGUAGUUGCUAUAAUCCAAAAUUCAUUUAUUCUUAGUUCAAUUUUAUUUGUCUUAGCGUUGAACUACAAGCAAAUGGAAUUGUAUCAUGCUUUGCCAUUCUUCUUAUACAUACUUGGAAAUCAUAUGCCUUGUAAGACAAAAUCUUGGAUUUCUUGUAUUUGUAUGUUGAUAUGCAUCUCUAUUACUGUAUUAUUAACAUUUUUUGUUAUAUGGAUACCAUUUUUGAAAAAUAGAGAAUUAUUUUUCAGUACAAUGGUUAGAUUAUUUCCACUUGACAGAGGUAUAUUUGAAGACAAAGUAGCUAAUGUUUGGUGUACUAUCAAUAUAAUCUGUAAAUUACAGCAACAUUUUACGAAUACUCAAUUAGCUAAAACUUGUUUAGUACUAACAACAUGUGCAAUUUUACCGACUUGUAUUAAUUUAGUUUUGUCACCUAUAAAAGAGGCAUUUAUAAUUUCUCUAAUAAAUUCUGCCUUAGCAUUCUUUCUAUUCUCAUUUCAAGUUCAUGAAAAAUCUAUUCUUUUGAUUGCAAUACCAGUGUUAAUGUAUUUUCAUAAUGAUCCCCUUCCUUGUUUUUGGCUAUUGAUUAUCUCGCAUUUUAGUAUGUUACCUUUAUUUAUAAAAGAUGAUCUAUACUUUGCUUAUCUUGGCACAAUAUUAUUUUACUUUUGUUCUGUUUCUUGGAUGUGGUCUGAUAUACUUUACAAUUCAACAUACGCAAAUAGUUUAUCAAAUAAAGUUACAAAAUCAAAAUCAAAAAAUCAACAAUUCAAUAAAAACCAGUUUUUUUUAUGCUUUUCAAAAUAUAAUAAAAAACCUUGGCUUAUUAUUGCAUUCUAUGGAUCUCUGUUAGGUAUAUUAUUUUUCUCUGUUAUGAUCAAAUGUGUCAAACCACCUGAGAAAUAUCCCGAUUUAUUUCCAGUUCUAGUAUCUAUUUAUUCAUGCGGGCAUUUUCUUUUUUUUUUUGCGUAUUUUAAUUAUAUUCAAUUUACUUUAAAAAAGGACAUUUCUUUUGAGUAAAGUAAAAUUGUAUUGAAUAAUAUAGUAUGAAAAAGUAUA